UCCCAGAGCGCAAACGCCAUGGGCAAGAGCCGGACGAAGCGCUUCAAGCGUCCUCAGUUCUCUCCUACGGGGAACUGUCAGGCUGAGGCAGCGGCGGCGAAUGGGACUGAGGGAGAGGAGGAAGAUGGACCGGCAGCGGAGCUGCUGGAGAAGCUACAGCACCCGAGCGCCGAAGUCCGCGAGUGCGCUUGCGCGGGGCUAGCCCGGCUGGUGCAGCAGCAGCCAGUCUUACCGGGCCUGGCGCGCCGGGACGCGGUGCGCAAGCUCGGGCCGCUGCUGCUCGACCCCAGCCUGGCAGUGAGAGAGACAGCGGCCGGCGCGCUCAGAAAUCUCAGUGCCUGUGGUGGUUUUGAUGUCUGUGAUGACAUGGUGACUAAGGAUAUCAUGACUCCUCUGGUUGCUCUGCUGAAAGAGUGUAGUGCUGGACUGGAUUCAAAUGACAUGUCUCCACAAGAGAAAAAAGAUAAGAACAAAGAUUCUAUUGAGAACAUAGCCAAUGAGGCUGUGAACGUGCUGUGGAAUAUAUGUGAAUGCAGUAGUAGAGCAGUGUCUAUAUUCAACAAAGAAGGGUGUUUGGAGAUUGUAUUAAACUAUUUAAGUAGGUUUUCCACCAAUGUUGACCUGGCUAUUUCAGUAGCAUAUUGUUUGCAGACUGUGACUGAAGAUAAUCCAGAGCUACUAAAAUCUUUCAGUGCUGCAGGACUGCAUGUACUAGAAUCUGCAAUGCUAUCGCCUGUCAGUUCCAUGGAGUAUGUUCUAUUAAAGACAUUGGUGGCAGGCACAAUUUGGAAUCUAAAGGACCUUAUUCCUUCCAAGAGUCAGGCAGAAAUCAUCAAUGCUGUACUAAAGAUCCUGUCUGAAGUUUUGGAAAUGGAUGCUGGUGAGACGGUUAUUCAGAUGAAGGUGGCUGAAACUCAAAGGUUGAAAACUGCCGCAGAGACUGAGGAAAUAGUAGAGAAUGCUAAUGGUGAUGCUUUCAUUGAAGAUGAUGCCAUGGAAGAAAUGCCUCAUAAGAGAAAAGCCAGAAGGAAGACUUUCGUUUCAGAUUUACUUCCACCUACUGACAAGGAACUGAGACAGAUCACAGCACUGCUGUCAGCUCAGCAAACCGCUCUGGAAAUUAUUGUCAACAUGUGCUGCAGUGAAGAUCCUUCCGACGACGAGUGGGAAGAGCUCUCUAGCAGUGAUGAAAGUGAUGUGUUUAUGGAGACUUCCUUCAGUGAGUGUGAUGGGCAGCUGCUGUCUCCCCUAUGCCUCUCCCAUGAGGUUCACGCCGCGCUCACCAACUAUCUCAUCCCAAAGAAGGUUAUUGAGAAAACUUCCUUUCCAAACAACAUUGCAGUUGACUUAUGUUCUAAGAGCCCUACAUGGAAACCUUUGAUUAGAAAAAUGAACACUCUCCAGUGUAGAGCCCUUGUGUGUCUCCAGAGCCUUGUGUCCCUCCUGGAUGUGGACCAUCUUGGAGGAGCUCCAGCCCUUCAGACACUUGCGCAACAUCUGUCCCAACUUCUUUUUUCUCAGCCAGAUUUUACUAAACAUACUGACUUUCUAGAAGCCAUUAGUAGUGCCUUGAGGGCCCUUUUGCAAACAAUGGCCUCCAAGAACAUUUCUCAGUGCAUGACUCCUGAUCAACUGAUGACGUUAUGCAAAACUGGCAUUUGUAAUAGUAAUACCGGCGUUAGAGUAAACGUUGUUAGUAUUUUAGGAAUCACUGGCAGCGUCCUAGCCAAAGAAGAUGGUACUCUUGAAACCCUUAAGACGAUUGGAUGCUUUCUACUUGAGGUUGCCACCAAAGAUCCAUCCCUUGUAGUAGCAGGAGAAGCUCUGGAUGCCCUCUUUGAUGUUUUUGCAGAUGGUAAAGAAGCUGAAAGAGCUUCAAUUCAUAUUAAAUUGUUACCUGCUCUGAAAGAAUUCCAGCCAAUCUUCAAAAUGAAGAUGCGGAAAGAAGGGCGAGGUAAAUACAGCCCAGAGCAGCUGUGUGUUCUCGAUAACGUGAAAAUGAACCUGAGGAGGUUUAUCACUUACCAAGAAACUGUUGAGAAAAGACUGAUUUCUUAA